AGCCAGGUGCACAGCGGUGCAGGGACACGGAGGAAGCAAGAUGGGCAGCAGGACCCUGUUGGGACACCUGUCCGUGUUGGCUGUGGUCCUGCUGCUGCUGCUGCAGGGCACACAGUCAGUCGACAUCAAGUACCAAGGCUACCAGGUCCAGCUGGAAUCAGUGAAGAAGCUGAAGGCCCUGGAGGAACAGUGGGUGUCCAGCCCCCGCCUGCAGGCCCAGGACCCCCAGCCUGCUGUGUGCCACCACCCAGCCCUUCCCCUGGACCUCCAGCCUAUCUGCACCUCCCAGGAGGCUGCCAGCAUCCUGCAGGCCUUGAGGACCAUGGACAACGACGAGUGUGAGCUGUGUGUGAACAUCGCCUGUACCGGCUGCUGAGACGAUCUCGGGCAUCCCCUCCCCCAGCUCCUCACUCCUUCCUGUGCUCCGUGGAGAAGCCAUGACCAUCACUGCCUUCCCAGGACGCAAUCCAUUGGAUCCCAGGAGAAUUUAGCGCCCUGUUUCUGAAUAAAGAUUCUGUCCAC